AUGUCAUGGCGGCACGAAGAACAGCUGGUCAGUGAGAAGGUUGGAGGCGCUGAAGGGACCAAGCUCGAUGAUGACUUCAAGGAAAUGGAAAAGAAAGUGGAUCUGACCAGCAAGGCAGUUACAGAAGUAUUGACCAGAACAAUAGAGUACCUCCAGCCUAACCCAGCUUCCAGAGCCAAGUUAACCAUGCUCAACACGAUGUCGAAGAUCCGUGGACAGGUGAAGAACCCCGGCUACCCGCAGUCAGAAGGGCUGCUGGGGGAGAGCAUGAUCCGAUAUGGCAAGGAGCUGGGCGACGAUUCCAACUUCGGCGAUGCACUUCUUGAUGCUGGUGAAUCUAUGAAACGAUUGGCUGAAGUGAAGGACUCGCUGGAUAUUGAAGUCAAACAAAAUUUUAUUGAUCCCCUCCAGAACCUGUGUGACAAAGACCUGAAAGAAAUCCAGCACCAUCUCAAGAAGCUGGAAGGCAGACGCUUGGACUUUGACUACAAGAAGAAACGACAGGGGAAGAUCCCCGAUGAGGAACUUCGACAGGCCAUGGAGAAAUUUGAAGAGUCCAAGGAAGUAGCUGAGACCAGUAUGCACAACCUCCUAGAAACUGAUAUCGAGCAGGUGAGCCAGCUCUCGGCCCUGGUGGAUGCCCAGCUGGACUAUCACAGGCAGGCAGUGCAGAUCCUGGACGAGCUUGCAGACAAACUCAAACGCAGAAUGAGGGAGGCCUCCUCACGUCCCAAGCGAGAAUACAAGCCCAAACCCAGGGAGACAUAUGACUUUGGAGACACUGACCAAUCUAACGGAGGCUUCUCUUGCAGUCCUACCCCCAAAGUCUCAGCUUCCUCCUCUUUCCGAUCCGACAAGCCGUCCCGGGCCUCCGUCAGGAGUAUCCCUCACCUGGACCAGCCCUGCUGCAAGGCGCUGUACGACUUCGAGCCCGAAAACGACGGCGAGCUGGGCUUCAAGGAAGGCGACAUCAUCACCCUGACCAACCAGAUCGACGAAAACUGGUACGAGGGCAUGAUCAACGGCCAGUCGGGCUUCUUCCCGCUCAACUACGUGGAAGUGCUGGUUCCGCUACCUCAGUGAAACAGCAUCUCUCCCCGUCCCCCCCUGCCCGCGCCUGCCCCGCGGCGCGCGGGCCGAGCCUGCAUUCCACGUUUAUCCUGACACUAGGCCUCUCCGGUGGGGC